UGUAACCUCAUGUUCGACGACAAAGGAAAUUUUCGUACAUUACAUGCCACUAUUCGUACCCAAGGGGUCGUACCAAGGCAAGUGAGUUUGCUUCCGAAAAAGAUCACAUACCUAUUCUGCAACUGUUUACGCCGUUGAUCAAGCAGAGAUACAUCAGUAUGGGUCUAGCAGCAUCAAGACAAGAAGCAUUCUGGGAGGCGUGUGGGUUUGGUAACGUGGAAAGGGCCAAACACUUCCUGCAAGAAGGCGACAUUGACGUUAACUGGGUCUCAUACACAAAUGACUGCUGUCCGAUUCAUGUGGCAUCCCAAGGCAAACCAGAGAUUGUCCAGCUCUUGCUUGACCACAAAUGUGAUGUGAAUGUCAGGGACAAUCGAGGCAACUUGCCUAUCCACCAUGCAGCCAUGAAGGGCCACACCACUAUUGUACAGAUGCUGAUCAAUGCAGGCUCAGAAAUUAAUGCUCAGGAGAAGAAUGGCUGGACAGCUCUGCAUAAUGCAGCAUACUGGUGCCAAUCGGAGGUUGUGAAAUUGCUGGUUAAAAAUGGGUGUGAUGUCCACAAGCAGAACAAGGAUGAGCGCACAGCGCUUCAUGAGUGUGCAAGGUCUCAGUGUCGGGAAGAGUUACAUCUCGGUGAGAUAGCACGCACACUGAUCGAGGCAGGCUGUGACAUCAACAGCAAGAGCAGUGACUGGGGAGAGGCUGAUCUGACAGGACUCAUGUACACUGCCUACCAUAACCAUCCAGACGUGGCGGCUGCACUGAUAGAGGCAGGAUGUGAGCUGGAUGCUGUUGGAACGACAUUCUGGACGGCACUUCACUGGGCAGCAGACAGAGGGAAUGAUGAGUUGGUCUACAUGCUCCUGGAAGCAGGGAUCAACCCUACUAUAAGGGACAUGAGGGGAGAGACAGCCUAUGACCGCGCCAAGUCUGAUCAGAUGAGGGAGGUACUCAAGACAGCUAUAGAUCUACACAAGGAGCUGAAUGCUAUGAAAGUCACACCCAUUCUUCAAGUACUUAAAUCCACCCCCAAGACUGCAGACAGUUUUAAACCAAAAUGUGAUGUCAACUUUAAGAGUCAGUCAUUGCUCCCCAAGGAUUGGAAAACUUCUAAUUCCUUGAAUGUGAAAAAUCUCAUCAACGAGAAGAAGUCAAAACUUGCCGCCAUGACAUCGGAAAAGUAUCGCAGUGAGUUAGCUCGUAGAACGGGGACAGCUAUGAUAAAAGAUGAAGAUGUUAAAACAGCUGAAACAGAGGAAAAAAAGGACUUCCAAAAAGAUUCAUUUGUCGAAACUGAUACGUCUGACAGUUUUUCUAAAGGUGCUGAAAAUAUCAGUUUGUGUUCAGAGACUGAAGUGACAGCUGAUGAUCAAAUUGAAAGUUUUCACAUUGAUGCUGCAGAAUUUGGAAGCACUGUUGAAAAAAGUGAUAUCAGUUCGGAUGAAACCUGCAAAAUGGAAACAGAAGUAGAAUAUGUGAAAACAGAUGAUGUAUACAUGAUUGAACAUGUUCAUGGCAAUACUGAAGAGCUUGGAAGCACACUGGUGAAAUUGAAAGAGGCAAACCAUGUCAGUUCAGUUGAAAUUGUCAAAACUGACUGUGACAUUGUGAUAACAGACAUAAGAGAAAGUGAACAGGCAAGUGGUAAGAACUUGAAAGAUUGUGAUCGUGAUCAUGCUUUAAAAGAAAUUGUCGGAGACUUUAAAGUUGAACUUGAAACAAUGAAAGAUGAGAGGAAAUACUCGGAAGAUACAAUUUGUGAGGGACAUAAAGUAGGUUGUGGCUCAACUUGUGAAGGAAAUGAGAAAGUAGGUUUUGACAAAGAUAUUGCUAAGCAACUUGUAACUGAGACAGGUGACAAUGAAGCACUUCAAUAAGUUUAUGGUCUUUUAGAAGAAAAAAGUCAUUUAGACACUAAACUGGCAGUUUUGAAUUGUUGAAUAGAAAAUAAGCACACUUGCGUAUAAAAAGGAAGAUAAACAAUCAUAUGAGCAUGUAAUGUGUUUGAUGAAAGAAUAUUAUGUAGCCUUAUAUUCCCAGGGGAAAAGUAAAUGCAUCCUUAUUUUGCAAACUAAUACAUGUAUUUGGUUCCAUUUACUUAUACAAAGUGAACUCUGCUUUCAAUUUAUUGAACAUAAUACACAAUUUUACUCUU